CUUCAUUCUGCGAAUUCUGAAUCUAUACAAACAAUCAACAGAAAAAGUGUAAAUACACCAAAAUUAAAUUUUCCAACAUUUAAAAACAGUAUUAACUUCAAAGAUGCUGCCAUUAUCCUUAUUACGAACGGCGCAAAACCAUCCAAUGUUGGUGGAAUUGAAAAAUGGCGAGACAUACAACGGACAUUUGGUUUCUUGUGAUAAUUGGAUGAAUAUAAACCUUCGUGAGGUGAUCUGCACGUCAAGAGACGGUGAUAAGUUCUGGCGGAUGCCGGAAUGUUACAUUAGAGGCAGUACGAUUAAGUAUUUGAGGAUCCCAGACGAAGUUAUUGACAUGGUUAAGGAAGAGAGUCAGGUGAAAGCUAGAGGUCGCAGCGAGUUAAAUAAAGGUCGUGGUGGCCAGAAUAUGCGUUCCAGCCGUGGUGGCAGCAGAGGCGCAUUCGGCAACCGCGGCCGUCCCGCCCCCCUCGCGAGGGGCGGAGGUAACCAAGGAAGACCACAAAAUAAAAACAAAAAGUAGAUAAUUCCUAGGCAACUGUGAUUUGGUUCUCUUUUUUUUAAAUAAAGUAAGAUAUUUUG